GCACGCUGAGGUUCGGCUGCUGCUGCUGGAGGAGCGAGUCCGGGAUCUUUCGGAUCAAAACGCUCGACGUGAGACCCUAGUGCGGCACUCACACACAUAACUCAGGAUGCCGAGUCUGAGCUGUAGGUUUUACCAGCAUAAGUUCCCUGAGGUGGAGGAUGUCGUGAUGGUGAAUGUGAGGUCCAUCGCUGAAAUGGGGGCCUAUGUCAGCUUGCUGGAGUACAACAAUAUUGAAGGCAUGAUUCUUCUGAGUGAGCUGUCCAGAAGGCGGAUCCGUUCUAUAAACAAACUCAUCCGAAUUGGCAGAAACGAAUGUGUGGUGGUCAUUCGAGUGGACAAAGAGAAAGGAUACAUUGAUUUGUCAAAAAGAAGAGUUUCUCCAGAGGAAGCAAUCAAAUGUGAAGACAAAUUCACCAAAUCCAAAACUGUUUACAGCAUCCUUCGUCACGUGGCGGAGGUGUUAGAAUACACCAAGGACGAGCAGCUGGAGAGCCUGUUCCAGAGGACUGCCUGGGUCUUUGAUGACAAGUACAGGAGGCCCGGAUACGGUGCCUAUGAUGCCUUUAAGCAUGCAGUCUCAGACCCAGCUAUUUUGGAUAGUUUAGAUUUGAAUGAAAAUGAACGGCGAGUACUCAUUGACAAUAUCAAUAGGCGUUUGACUCCACAGGCUGUUAAAAUCCGAGCAGGCAUUGAUGCUGUUAAAGAAGCUCUGAGAGCAGGCUUGAACUGCUCCACAGAAACCAUGCCCAUCAAGAUUAAUCUAAUAGCUCCUCCUCGAUACGUGAUGACUACAACCACCUUGGAGAGAACAGAAGGCCUCUCUGUCCUCAACCAGGCCAUGGCUGUGAUCAAAGAAAAGAUCGAAGAGAAGAGGGGCGUCUUCAAUGUCCAGAUGGAGCCCAAAGUGGUCACCGAUACAGAUGAGACCGAGCUUGCCAGGCAGCUCGAGAGGCUUGAGCGGGAAAAUGCGGAAGUGGACGGGGAUGACGAUGCUGAAGAAAUGGAAGCCAAAGCUGAAGAUUAACUGGGAAACCGAGUGCAACUUACUUCAGGACCACAACGCAGCCCUUCCUGGCUGGACUGUGCAAACCCUAGACUUGAAAGUUUUCCAGUAUUGAAAACUUCAAAGCCGACUAUUUUUUAUUUCCAAGUAUUUAAAUGCUCCAACAGACCAGAGCGUGAAGUGCCCUCCUAAGUGUCCGCUGGUUUCUCACAGCAGCUCCAACACAUCGAGUGCUUUUUACAAGGGAGUGGCCUAAUCUCAUGAGAGGCAACGAUCUUUCAGCCAAGAACAGUCCUGACAUCAUCAGGCCUGUGGUUUCCUUUUCUGACAUCUCCAGAUUGGCACCCUCUGUCGCUCAGUGCCUCCUGAGCCAGACUGAGGGCACCCAAAGCAAACAGUCCCAUCUUUCUACAAAAUGUAUUCAAGCAAACAUUAAAUAAAUUUCUGGGAUAUUUAA